AUGAAGGCCAUCUUAUUCAUGGUUCAUGCAAUGGCUGGCAUGGCCGCAGCUGCCGCCAUCCGCCCCAAUGCACGAGGCGCUGCCGACUCUGACGAAGCUGUCGUCUAUCCCGCCAGUGUAGACCAGUCGUGGGUCGAUGCUCGCUCUGACACGGACUCCGACGAAGCUGUAGUCUACCCAGCAAGCGUUGAUCAGUCAUGGGUAGAUGCAAGUGCCGAAUAG